AUGGAGAGCAACGCGACCGACGACGGCGCCGCCGCGUUCUGGUUUCAAAGGCGACAAUCUCAGAGUAAUAAGACGCUUAAGAAAAGAGACGAAGGAAAAACAAGCGUUACGAAGAUUAGACCACAACGACGGAGAAAAACGGACGACGAUAUCGCGACUUCGAACGUCGAUAAUGUCGAGAAAAGGAGUAAUAGUAGUAGUAAAAGGAGUAGUAAUAAAGGAGGGAAAAAAACAGGAGCAUUCGCGAAACAAACGACGACGAAAGAUGGGAUCGAAGUCUGGACCCGGGAAAAUCAAAACACCAGUACUAAAGACAGUUGUGACAACCCAAUCAAAGAAAUCAGAGCGACGGUGACGUACGAGGACGUCUCUCCGAUAAAUUUUUGGAGAGCGGUGGCGGAUUUGGACGAGUACGCGCAGUUCGUACCGUACGUGGGGAAACAUAAGGUUUUGAAAACGCGAGGGAAACUCGCGGAUGGUUCGGCGACGUUUUACGUGUACGGCGUGGUGACCGCUCCGGUGGUGAAGAAUCGCGACUAUACCAUUCGCAUCGAGACGAAGAAUAAUCGCAAGAAAGGGUUCGAGAGUAGGUGGACGUUGGAUACGGAAAAUGUGGGACCGAAACCGAAGAAAGGCGUGGUGAGAUUGUUGGCGAACGAUGGAGGGUGGACGAUUCAACCGUCUAAGAAAAAUCGAGAGGGUUCGUUGACCGCGAACGGCGUUUCGGUGACGUACGAAAUUUUAACCGAUCCGGGGAGUAACAUCCCCGGGUGGUUGAUAGAUAAGGUGAAUCGAGCGAGCGUGCCGGACGUGUUGAGGGCGAUGCGGAAAAGAGCGCUGAGCGGCGAAAGCAGCCACAUUUUACCGGAUAGAGAGGAGAAGAGAAAGUUAGUGAUGGGCGGAAGAUUUCACUUGCCGCACUUUGGAUUUUUAGACGUCGGCCAAUUGAGAGACCACAAACGGUUGGACUCUUUCGCGGACGUGGUGUACAAAACGUCGAAAAAAGUGAACGCGUUGUUCAGCGAGAUGAGCGCGCGCCAAAUUUUGCAGCAAAGGUAA